CUCAUCUGGCCCCUUCUUCUUCUUCGUCAUCCCCCCUUCUUCUUUACAAACAGAAGAUUAAAGAUAACAAGGAAUCGAUUAGGGUUAGGGUUUUGUUUUGUCGAUUAGAUCGUCGAGUUGUUCGUCUUUCCUCGGGCUAGGGCUUUUGGAUGGCUGGAUUGAAGCAAGCCAAGAGGGUUUCGUGGCCAACCGAUGGGAAUCUGUGUAAGGUGAGAUUAUUUCUAUCUGAGGAUGCUCCGUCCCAAUCUGUACUUGGAACCCAAGAUCAACUUCAGGCGAAAGCUACAUGGCUGUUGCAUGCAGCAGGUUUAUCAGAUUCAGAUGAUUCUCUACCUCCUGGUUUUGAAGCGCCUCAGAAGUACCACCACCCUAAAAUAGAAAUAUCUCAAAUCCCCCUCAUCAAGUGGCAAUGCCCUCCAAGAUUAAUCUUGAACUCAGAAUGGCUGGUGGUUGCUGGAGAAGAAAGCAAAGAGGUGGCCAUAGAGAAUCUGAGGCAAUCUGGCGUUCUUGAAGCAAUCUAUCCUCGUCCAUCUUCAGUUCCUCUAAACCCUUUCGUCACUCCUGACAUCCAAGCUACCCAUUUUGAUGAUUCCUGCACCCCUUCCAUUCCUAUUACUGCGAUUGAAGAUGAGGAUGGAGUAGAGCAAUUGGAUACGUCGUCUGUACCAAACAAUUUACCUGCACUGUUGCAUAAUUUACAAAAUAACGGAACCCUACAAAACUCGUUAGCAGAUCUCAGAUCCACUUACGAGCAAUUACAAUCACAGUCUAGUGCAGCAUCUUCAAUGCCUAAUCUGCUUCGUUUGGAGCAACCACCAUCGUCAUCACUCACGCCGACUGCCACUGCUGCACUCCUCGCAGAACCUGAUGUCUUUGCUGCUGCAUCUGCUGCUUUCACAGCCAUCAUGAAGAGCUCCGAGGAAGGGAGCUUGAUCGAUCAUGAAUUGCUUAUCAAUAUCUUAAGCGAUCCAGUGAUGGUGAAGAGGUUGGCCUCAGAGUAUGGAGACUCACAACCGCAACAAACUCCACCUCCACAAUCUCAGCCUGUUGUUUCCGCACAAGCUGCAUAUUCACGGCCACCAAUUCAGUCUGUGGUUAAUACACAAGCUGCACCAUCACGAGCAACAACACUGCAGCCUAAUGUGUCUAAAUCACCAGCUAUACCAUCAUGGUCAGCAACACCCCCGGUUGUUACUGCAACAGUUGCAGGGCCAUCACGGGCCCUACCAUCCCAGAUGUCUGCUCCGCAAUCCUCGCACGUUUUUCAGAUGCCUCAUCGUCCUCCUCCACCACCUCCGCAUAUUUUAUCGACCAUAGCUCCUGUGAGAGCUCCUCCUCCAGUAAGGGACGCCAACUAUUACAAGAGUUUGAUUCAGCUACACGGUGGAGAGAAGCAAGAAGCUCGAGAAAAUCCAGUGCUCUUCGGUAGUCUUGGUAGUGGUAUGGAUCCAGUGGGAGCAAAUCAGAGGGAUCAUCAGAUGGGAAAGGUUUCGAAGCCGUGCGCCUACUUCAACACCCCGAGAGGGUGCAGGCAUGGCUCUAGCUGCUUGUUCCAGCAUGACGCUUCGUCAUCGGCGCCUCAGCGGAUUGAGCAGCACAACGGGACGACCAAAAGAAUUAAACUAGAGGGGGGAAUGUUUGGAAGGAAUUGACGUCUCUGCGUUCUUCUUAUUUGUUUCUUUCCUUUGUAAUAAUUUUUAUUUACUUAUUUUCUUUUCGGUAAAUAUUUGUCUUCGGUGCUUUUGUUCUACUUGUUUGUUAUGGUUCCUCGAUAAUCUUGUCCUCAGUACCUUUCUUGAGAAUCAAAGGUUUUGCUUUGAGCUUUA